CAUACCCUUCCCUCACUCGAGCUGCUUGUUGCGUUCACGGCAGAGGCGCGUGAGCGUGGUGGGAAAUGCGAGCAAGAUGGCGGCGUUAAAGGAGGAGCAGUGCUACGGACUGUCCUGUGGAAGAGUGAGCAAUGGCAGCAACAUCUCCGUCUAUCACGUCAAGCUGACUGACAGCGCGCUGCGAGCAUUUGAAGACUACCAGAGCAACAAGGGCCUGACUGCUAAACCACUAAUAGGAUUCACAGGAAACCAAGGGAAAAUCUCAAUACCGCAGUCAGAGAAUCCAAAUGAGCUGCGAACGUUUACGUUCUACCUGUCCAACGUGGGGAAGGACAACCCCCAGGGCAGCUUCGACUGCAUUCAGCAGUAUAUUACAAGUGAAGGGAGCAUACAGCUGGACUGCCUGGGAGGGAUCCAGGACAAAAUCACGGUAUGCGCCACAGACGACUCCUACCAGAAAGCCAGGCAAAGCAUGGCUCAGGCCGAGGAGGAGACCCGCAGCCGUGGAGCCAUCGUCAUCAAGCCUGGCGGGAGAUACGUGGGUAAGCGUGUACAAAUCCGGAAGCCGAUAACGGGUGUGUCAGAUGUGGCUCCGUCGCGGCGGAUCUCAAGGCCGAUUAUCGUUUCCAGCAGUCAGAAAAAGAGCCCGCCCCGGCCGCUGAGGGAGCGACUAGUGCAUUUACUGGCCCUCAAGCCCUACCGCAAACCCGAACUGCUGGUGCGGCUCACGAAAGAAGGCCUGUCUCCUCAGGACAAGGAGACACUGGACAGCCUCCUGCAACAGGUGGCUAACCUGAAUAGUAAGGACAACACCUUCACAUUGAAGGAUUGUUUGUUCAAGGAAGUUCAGAAGGACUGGCCUGGUUACACUGAGAUGGACCAACAGAUUCUGAAGAGAAUUCUUGUACGAAAACUGUGUAAGCCUCAGAGCAGUACCCCUGUGUCUGUGGAGAGCCCGGUCAGCCCGCACAAAGAGCCAGCCAGCAGCUCACCCUCUCAGAAACGACCUGCAGCAGAGUUCAUCGAUCCCCUGGCCAAUAAGAAACCCAGAAUAUCGCAUCUAGCUAGCAAGUCUACAGGGCUCAUCAACGGCAAACUGAGCUCAUCCAAUGGUAAGGACUCUUCUAGUUCUCAAGCGGCAGAGACGUCGUCGAGCUCUCAAAUCCCUCCGCUGGAGAUCCCCCGACCCUUUGACCCCCUUUCGGAUGUCAGCAACGACUCCAACGGCAGAGACUGUGAAAGUCUGGAGGCGGCAGUGGCGGAAAGACUGAGUCAGCCCCCGUCAUUCGCCCCUCGCUCCACAACGCAAGAGGAAGUUCUGGGACCCAUGUCCCCAACCCACAGCAGCCUGGACGGAUCUCAGACCCGGACCGCUCAACUCUCACUGCAUGGCAAGCCUAAGAAGAAGUCAAAAAAACACAAGGACAAAGACAAGUCUAAGGAAAAAGACCGAGAGCGGGACAUGAAGAAGGAGAGGAGAGUUGAAGACCAUGGCUUGGAUCAGAGGAAAACCUGUGAUGUCACAACAAGCGAUAGGAGGACAGGUCUAAACGGAACGUGCAACAGCUCCAGCAUUCCUGCAUCUUCAUCAGAGUCAACAGACUAUUUAUUAAAAUACACAGUGAUAAGCUCGCAAGAGCAACGUCAGACUUACAAGAUUGACUUCAACUCCGAGUACAGCGAGUACCGGGGCCUCCACUCACGGAUAGAGGGCAUCACCCGACAGUUCACUAUACUCGACUCCGAGCUCAAACAACUCCAGCAGGGCACAGACAAGUACAAGACAAUCCACAACCAGAUACUUGAAGAGUAUCGUAAAAUCAAAAAGACUAAUCCAAACUAUAGCCAAGAGAAGAACCGCUGUGAAUAUCUACACAACAAACUGGCACAUAUUAAAAAACUGAUAGCAGAAUAUGAUCAACAGCAACUUCAAAACUGGCACUAAUAACAAUAUUUUGUCUCAUUGUUUUUUCUUUCUCCCUUGAGAAAAAGAAACAAACUCUGGAUUUUUUUCUUCUUUUUUUUCUUUUCUUGGUUUUCUCUAAAAACAAGUUGCUCUAAUGUAAAAUGCCACGAAACUGAUUUCUUUUCCCCCCUCUGUAGUUGGCCAAGUGCUCUAGUUAGGACAAUGCAGACCCAUGAAUUUCAUUUAUGGGAUGUGGGACAUGGGCAUACUCAGCCAUGCUUACCUGUGUAGCCUAAUGCAUUAUGGGAUUGGUUGCCAGCUCCCUUCCAUUCUCGAAUGUGUGAAAGGAAAAACUUUCUUUGAAGCUCUUUUCCUGGCGUUGCGAACGAGGAUAACCAACAGCCAUUCCCAGAUUCUAAUAGUUUAAGGUUUCUAAAAAGGAAGAGAAUUUUUUUUAAGUGGAUAUUAUUUUUCUGUAUGUACUAAAAUGGAAGGUCCUAAUGAUAAACUAUAUUUUAUUUUAUAUUUAUUUUUUCCUUUUUUUUUGGUCUUCCAUAGGCAUACAUCAGUCCGAUUAUGAUUUCACACUCCUCAGAUUGAGUGCUAAACAUCUUGUCCCGUCCCUUUGGUCUUUAUCUCCUUAAUCAGUCAGUAUUUUAUGCAAAAGCUGCCUUGGAUUUCAAGAGAUCCCUAUCGCAGUACACUUUCCCCAUUUUCUUUUUUGUUUUGAGUGUUGUAGUGUCUGAAACGGCACUAUCUAGCUGCAAUGCGCUAGACCACGUGCAAUGGACAUGAAUCCGAUGCCUAUCCGAGGAAGAUCACCGUCUGUUUAGAGGCUUUGACAGAAUCAGUAUUAAGCGACGGCCAUGGUAAAGCUCCAUACGGAUGAACUUGCCAUUCCAGGAGUGAGGGUAGCGAUCCAGUGUCGGCACUUUUUUGCAAUAUCACAUGCUUUUGAAUGAAAAAUAUUGCUUUAUCACAACCCUCAUCAUAUUGAAUCAUGAAUCCGGUGUGGUUGUAAAAGGUGCAGGCAAAUCUUGCGAAAUUGUGCCUCACGUGAGCCGUGCGUCGUCCCUCAGGUAUCUAGAGUGAUCCAAUAUUGCUAGUUACGAGUGUGACGGUAACAUCACGUCUGUGGCCAAACUUACUUGGUAUUCUUCCAGAAAAUGGUGGAUGUAUCCCUUUAAUGUAGCCCUAUGGUGUUUCCAAUGGGCUGGUUGGUGAAGACAAAACGGCAGAAACGCAACCUUCGCUCACUGUCUGAACCCUUUAGCAAUUCAAUGCUUGCUUGAAUACUGAGUAUUUGUGGGGCGUUUGACCAUUUCAGACAGUAUUUUCAUUACGAGAUGACUGUUAAAUUCCAUUAAGGCAUCUCAUCGUGGAGGAUCCAUUACAAGCCUCUGACGUGCUCCUCACAUUACUGUGGCAUCCGCCUCGUGGAAGCUCGACCACAAGUUGAUCACCUGUCAGGUCCUGUUGAAGCAUCAGUUGUACUUCUGAUAUCUGAACUCUUUUUAUGUUUAAAUAUUAAAAUUCAGCACUUUGCUCAGCUUCUUGCUGUUACUCUUACCUGGGUUUUGUUGCAAGGAGACACUUGCCUUGUCUAUCUGUCUGUGUAUGCAUGCUUUCUGACUGUUGAAGACAUAAAAAAAGGGUAAAGGCCAGUGUUUAGAGCAGUUUUACACUGCUGUUUAAUGUUCAAGAGCAUUUGAAGCCAAAUACUUCUCAAAUUGCCCCGAAUUUACCUGGCCAGCAUUAGUUGUUGCGAUUUUUAGGAGCGCAAUUGAAGAAUUGAAAUAAAGCCAAAUUUGACUCUUCUGAAUCGAUUGUUUAAAAGCAAUUGAGAAAUUUAAAUCAACAAUUCUCAAUCACAAAUUUACCAGGUAAACCACAAAUAUUUAGUCGUGAGAAUUAUUUUUGUAAUCACGGUCUUUUACGUUACCCGAAGAAACAGUCUGAAAAUGCUGCAAACAAUUCAACGACAAAUACGAAUGCCGUUUGUUUGGAUUGGAAACUGCUACGACUCUUCAAACAAUGUCGAGACAACCGGGGGGGAAAUGUGCCAAAUGACCUGUUGUAUAGGUUUGCAUCAGAUGAAAUAUGUUGCUGUUUUAGCAAAAGAGAAAUGAAAAAUAAAGGGAGUGGGAGGAGCUUUUGGGACGAAGGCUUGCGAUGUCAACGCUAAAACCCAAAGCGCGCUUUUUGAAAUAACAAGGGACCGGGACUGAAAUUUAUCUUGGUAUUUCAAUAAAAUUCUUGGAAAACUUG